AUGUUGUUUACUUCGAUCCUAACGUCGGCCCUCUUGGCCGUUUCAUUAGGAUCUGAUGCUGUUAUAGCAAGUUCUCAUGGGCGCUUUGGCAAAAUUGCCCGAGCUCCUCUGGAAAUGGCCAAGCGAGCUGUUGAGGAGACAAUGACCAAGCGCACUACAUCUGAUAAGAAAAAGUUCCGCUACCUUGACCACAAGACCAAGCCUUUUCUGGUCGAGAGCUUGCCGGAGAUUAACUUUGACCUUGGUGAGAUUUACGCCGGUUUAGUGCCCAUAGAUGAGGAUGAUCUUUCGCGACAGUUAUUUUAUAUCUUCCAGCCCACGAUCGGCGAGCCUGUCGAUGAGGUGACCAUUUGGCUGAAUGGUGGCCCUGGCUGCUCAUCUUUGGAGAGCUUUUUGCAGGAAACUGGCCGCUUUACGUGGCAGCCAGGUACUUUUGCUCCCGUGGAGAACCUAUACUCCUGGGUUAACCUGACUAAUGUGCUGUGGGUCGACCAGCCAGUCGGCACUGGAUUUUCAAUUGGUACCCCCACUGCCACCAGCCAGGAAGAGACUGCUCAGGAUUUUGUCAAGUUCUUCAAGAACUUCCAAAAGAUCUUCGGAAUCAAGAACUACAAGAUUUAUGUGACCGGUGAAAGUUAUGCCGGACGUUAUAUCCCUUACGUCUCGGCUGCUAUGCUGGAUGAAAAGGACAAGAAAUAUUAUGAUCUGCACGGUGCUCUGGCAUAUGACCCAUGCAUUGGCCAGUUCGACUACGUUCAGGAGGAGAUUCCCACUUUCCCAUUGGUUCAGGCUAAUGCGAACCUUUUCAACUUCAAUGCUUCCUUCAUGGCCGAACUCGAGCAGCAGCACAAGUCUUGUGGAUACGAAGAGUACAUUGACAAGUACCUGACCUUCCCUCCACCCGAAGUACAGCCGUCGUUGUUCUUCAACUAUACUAGUCAAGCCGACUGCGAUUUGUUUGAUAUUGUGUCCAAUGAAGUGUAUAGCAGCAACCCCUGCUUUGACUUAUAUGAGAUCAACCUGAUGUGCCCCCUGCAGUGGGAUGUUCUGGCAUUUCCCACCGCUCUUGUCUACCAACCAGAGGGAGCAACCGUCUAUUUUGAUCGUGAGGAUGUCAAGAAGGCGCUUCACGCCCCUGAGAAUGUCACCUGGUCCGAAUGCUCUACCGAGUCAGUAUUUGUCGGUGGCGAUUCCGGCCCCGAACAAGAGGGCGACACCUCUGCAAACCCAAUCGAAAAAGUACUUCCACAGGUGAUUGAGGCCACUAACCGUGUUCUUAUCGGCAAUGGUGACUUUGACAUGGUCAUCAUCACAAACGGCACUCUGCUGGCCAUUCAGAACAUGACUUGGAAUGGCCAUCUUGGUUUCCAGACGAAGCCCGAGAAACCCAUUAACAUUCAGUUGCCUGAUCUUCAGUACAAGGCUGUGUUUGCGGAGAAUGAUGCCACCAGUCUCGAUGGUGCCCAGGGUAUCAUGGGAAUCCAACACUAUGAGCGUGGACUCAUGUGGGUUGAGACCUAUCAAUCAGGGCAUAUGGAGCCUCAGUACCAGCCACGUUCUUCUUAUCGCCAUUUGCAAUGGCUUUUGAACCGCACUCAGGAGAUAUAA